GUCAACCCAUGGUUGUGUUUUCUUUUUUUUUGCAGAUCCACUUUAGAGAAAACACUUCACUCAACACUUCACAACUUUCACUGCUCCAAAGAAAAAAAGAAAGAAAGAAUACGUCAUGGAACUUCAGAAGCUAACAAACGGUCACCACCAAGACUUUCAACAUCUUGAGGAAGGAGAGUCACCUGAACGAGAGGAGUUUUUACCACACAAGAGUGAUGGAGAAAACCCCCCUCAGUUUACAGAUUUUGAAGGAAAGACAUCAUUUGGAAUGUCUGUCUUCAACCUCAGCAAUGCCAUCAUGGGCAGUGGGAUUCUGGGACUGUCUUACGCCAUGUCCAACACUGGUAUCAUUCUCUUUCUGAUCUUGUUGACCUGCAUUGCUGUCUUGUCAUCAUACUCUGUCCAUCUUCUGCUGAGGAGCGCAGGGGUUGUAGGGAUUCGCGCUUAUGAACAACUGGGUAAACGAGCAUUUGGACACCCGGGAAAAAUACUGGCAGCUCUUGUCAUAACAAUGCAUAACAUUGGUGCUAUGUCUAGCUACCUCUUCAUUGUGAAGUAUGAAUUACCUCUGGUUAUUCAGGCUUUCCUUGGCCUUCAGCACAGCAGUGGUGAGUGGUUCCUGAAUGGCAACUAUCUGAUCAUCGUUGUGUCCAUUUUAAUCAUCUUGCCCCUAGCCCUGAUGAGACGACUUGGGUACUUGGGUUACACCAGUGGCUUCUCUCUGACGUGUAUGGUUUUCUUCCUGAUCUCAGUCAUCUAUAAGAAGUUCAACAUCCCUUGUCCUUUUGAUGGUUUCACCAACCACACAGCUGAAAACAUAUCUAUUGAUGUUGAAUGUGAAGCCAAAUACUUCACUAUCAACCAGCAGACAGCCUACACAGUUCCCAUCUUGGCCUUCGCUUUUGUAUGCCACCCUGAGGUGCUGCCAAUCUACACCGAGCUGCGCAAUCCCACAAAAAGACGCAUGCAGGCCAUUGCCAACGUGUCCAUCCUGGGGAUGUUUGUCAUGUAUCUGCUCACUGCCAUCUUUGGCUACCUCACCUUUUAUUUAAACACAGAGGCAGAACUUCUACACACCUACAGCAAGGUGGAUCCUCUGGAUACGCUCAUCCUGUGUGUGCGUCUGGCCGUGCUGGUGGCUGUGACUCUGACUGUUCCUGUUGUGCUCUUCCCGAUUCGCAGAGCCCUUCUUCAGCUUCUAUUUCCUGAUAAGCCCUUCCAUUGGGUGCGUCACAUCUCUAUUGCAUUGUGUCUCCUUGUUGUAGUCAACGUGCUUGUCAUUUCUGUGCCCAACAUUCGUGACAUUUUCGGCAUCAUUGGUGCAACCUCUGCUCCAAGCUUGAUCUUCAUCCUCCCAGGUCUUUUUUACAUCCGUAUCGUUUCCACCGAACCAAUGAACUCAAGACCAAAAAUUCAGGCUGCCUGCUUCACUGCUCUGGGCUUCAUCUUUAUGAGCAUGAGUUUGACGUUCAUCACGCUGGAUUGGGUCUAUGGAGAGAAUCGAAGUGGAGGAGGUCACUGAUCUUCAAACGCAAUACUGUAAGGGUCCAAAAAGCCUUCUUAGAGGAACAUCACUACCCCUCUCCUGAACUUGAGAGAAACCAAAACAUCACUUAGGCUGGACCCAACUCUGCUCAGAUCUGUUUUCCCACUGAGUAAGGAAAGGACUGAUGUCCUGCCAUCUUUAAAAUAAAAAUGGAUAAAAAUCCUAUUAUGUUUAUGGUGGAGGAUUUCUGGGAGACACAGAAAUGUCACGCCAAUUUGAGGCUGUUUCUAGCAAAUGGGCCUCGUAACGAUUAAUGAUACUUGUGUUGGAGAUGGAAGUCCGCUAAAUAGCUUUAAAAUUAUGCUAAAAUAUACAGCAGAAACCAAAAUCAACAACUGGAGAGGUUUGUUUUGUCUGAUGGAUACUAGGAAACAAUCAAGUUUGUCACAUAUCAUCUGUUUUGUUGUCCUCAUCAAAUGAAAGCCAUAGUCCCAGAGUGCAAUACUAGGGAUAUUGAAAUAUAUUUCCCUGCUUCAAAUUGUUCAUUAAAAAACCUUGCUCAUGAUAAAGAAAUUCAAUAUCAUCUCAGAAUGGCUGCAGACCUGAACUGAUUAUGUCAGUGUCUGUUAUAUCGCGAGAAUGAAAUUGAUGCAUUUUUGAAAUUGACCAGAAAAAAGAAAUAUUACAGUUGAAUUGAUAUAAAUGGCACUACAAUUGAAAACAGACAAUCAGCUUUAUACUGUUUCAGUUUUUAUUUUGUUCUUUUCUCUUUCUGUUGGAUAUCAUAUAUUAUGUCAAACAAAUGUGAGGUACAUACAGUUGCAGUAUUUUGUGGUGCAAUGGAGUGGAAUGCCAUUUAUUUUGAGGAACAGGUGAAUAACUAUGAUAAAGGUGUUUAAUUACAUUGCUGUUAUGCAUAUAAUGAUGCAAACAAAGCCUAACCUGUGAAUUCAGUGAUUCAUGCCAUAUUCUCAAUGAGUUGUCAAUCUAACAACAGUAUCUGUCAUGAAUUGUCCAAUCCAUCUCUAAUUAUUUUAAUUAAGUUAUAUAGGAAUUGAUGUAAAAGUAGUUGUAUAGGCUGUCUGUAAAUGAAAAACUAUUAAAUAGGAAACAGAAAUUUUUUUAGACGCCACU